GUGGCCCCCGCAGGGAAAGUGCCGCGCGGUGCUUGCAGAGCCGGGUCGUGGCUCAUGCGCCUUGGCCCAAGAUGUCGCGUUUCGCCCUGACCGUCAUCCGCCAUGGCGAAACAAGACUUAAUAAGGAGAAAAUCAUUCAAGGGCAAGGAGUGGACGAGCCCCUUUCUGAGACUGGGUUUAAGCAAGCGGCUGCCGCUGGUCAGUUUCUGAACGGUGUGCACUUCACCCACGCUUUCUGCAGCGAUCUCACGAGGACCAAGCAGACCAUACAUGGCAUUUUGGAGAAAAACAGAUUUUGCAAAGACAUGGCAGUGAAGUGUGACCCCAGACUUCGAGAAAGGAAGUAUGGGGUCGCAGAAGGCAAGCCGCUGAGCGAGCUUCGGGCCAUGGCCAAAGCUGCUGGGGAGGAGUGUCCUGUGUUCACCCCACCCGGAGGAGAGACGCUGGAGCAGGUAAAAAUUCGUGGAAAAGAUUUCUUUGACUUUAUUUGUCAGCUAAUCCUGGGCAAGACAGGCCAGAGAGAAAGCUUCCCCAGAACUCCAGGCAUCUCUUUGGGGAGCUGUUUGGCGGAGGUUUUCCCUGUAGGAAAACGUGGCAGCUUGGAGCUGCAUCCCGAUGGAGUCGCCCCGGAUUUAGCAGCCAGCAUCUUAGUUGUGAGCCACGGAGGUUACAUGAAAAGCCUCUUUGGUUAUCUCCUGAGUGACCUCAAAUGCUCGUUGCCAGCAACACUAGGCAAAUCUGAACUUUCGUCAGUCAGCGCCAAUACAGGAAUUAGUGUCUUCAUCGUGGACUGCGAGGAAGGGCACAAACCAGCGAUUCAGUGUGUCUGUAUGAACCUCCAGGAGCAUCUGAAUGGAGUGACCGAAAAACACUGAGGUUAAAACGCUUCCACUCUGGAGCUUCUGAAGGGAGUGCCUUGGCCUGUUGUGUUUGCAUCCACUGCUCCUGCCAUUUCAGAAGCAGUUGAGAAUCCAUGUGCUAAAGCCCCACUGGGGUCUGGCUGUGUCAGACGGUAGUGGAAAGCCACCCAAAAUCAACCGGCUUUUCUGAGUACACUCGCCAUUUCCUACAGUAAUCUUGUCACCGUUCCAUUAUGUGUCUGAAUUAUUAAUUUAUGAGGACAUUCAGCGUUGCACAUUGCACAUAGGGGGAAUAAUAGCCUUUUUUUCUACAGUCUUCCUUUCAAUGACCUUUUGGAUGGAUGUCUAGCUGACGGUACUGGCUUUUGAAAGUGACUGUAUGCUUUUUCACUAGCUAAUCAAGUGCUUGCAAGAAAAGAAUGGUUUGAAUAAUUCGCUGCAUAUUUGCAGUGAUUUUUUGUCAGUGUCCAAAGUCCUUCGAACUGAGUCUUCUUACUGUCACCAGUAUGUGUAAAGUGAAAUGACAAAGCACUAAAGUAUCUUCCUGUGGAAAUCGGCUCUUGGGAACUUUUUUAUUCUAAAGGCCUCAAGAUACAGAUGAGGGACUGGAGGGCUGGAUCAGCAGUUAAGAGUACUUCCUGUUCACACAGAGGACCCCAGUCCAGAUCCCAUUACUCAUGCUGGGCAGCUCACUGCUGCCUGAAACUCCAGCACCAGAGAACCAGUGCCCCCUUCUGGCUUCUUCGGGUACCUGCGCACACAUGCACACAAAAAAUAAUCAAAUCAGCCUGGGGGGAAGAAACGAACAUACCACCUGAUCAAAACACAUUAAGGAACCUCUGAGCAGAUGGCAAAAGCAACUUUCCAGGCAAACCAAUAAAGAGCAAACCUCAAAAUCAUCCUCACUUCAAAACCACCCUAAGCGUAAAGACUUCCCAGUUUUGGGAAGUACCCUAAAGUAACCAUUGACCUGCAUCCCAAAGAGGUAUCCAGAAGGAAAGAUGGAUUGGCCUCCUUUCCUCCAGGUGGCGCCAUAGGAAAGGGAUUUUGAUUGCCACUCAGGAAUCCUUAAUUGAACUGAAAAUGCCAGGCUCAUGGCACGGUCUCAGGGAGAGGAAUCAGAUGGGAAAAACCUAACACAGUACCCAUCUGUGGAGGAGUCUGACAGGGACAGCCCGUGGGAUGGGGUGCUUAUUGAACCAAGUAUGCGUCAAACCCAAGAAACCUAGCAGAGACAAUGCAGUCCACCUGCAAAGGAAGGCACAGGUCAAGGCUUGCCACAACCCAGCUAAUAAAGCACUAGGUCCUUCCUGUGUCUGGACACUUUGUGGAGCUGGUGCCAACACUCUGGGUACUGGUGGUCUAAGACUAGGGUUUUACUUGAGACCCCAAAUCCAUGUGAAUAAAAACAUUGCCAACAUCAUGAGUCCAGAGUAUGGCCGUGUUCCAAGAAACUCAAGGACAUGAUUAAGGAGGCUGCAGAGAAGUUGUCCUAUCGGAGACAAAGAACUUCAGCUCGUGUUAGCAUUUGGGGCAAGAAUUGCCACAGGAGACUUCGGUCAAGCCCAAGGUGGGUUUUGUUUCUAUUCCCAUAUCUGAGGAUUCCCCCUCCCACCCGCCUCAAGCCUCUGGUAGCAGGUAUGUGGUUCAGAGAACAGUUAUGACAGCGAAUAUGGUGGGCUGGAUUCAUUCAGUUUUACACUUGUCCUACCUGAGCCCCUGGUGCUUCCCUGGCAGCGAUUUCCUCGUACCAGGCUGCAUUUUCCCAUCCCUAAGAUUAGAAGAUAACAUGUUACAUUUUGAACAUGUUAAAAGGAAUUUUAAAAAACUAUAAAAAUCAACAGAAAAAAAAAAAUAUGUAUAAUGGAUAAGCUAUCCCAAAGCAGUGUCAAAGUGUAUCUUUGCUCCAAGAUCAGGUGAGAAGAAAUGGCUUCUUUGCCUUCUCAGUAUUAGCCAAAAAAAAAAAAAAAAAACAAUAAUUUUCAAAAGUCAUCCUUCUUGUCUCCCCCUGGACAAGCUACCCGAGACGGACUAGCGGACUAGCAGACAUCUUGGCACCUGCUGAGCUGCAGCGUCCUAACCAUCUUCAGCGCCUCCAGGCAGAUUUAGUCACAUUUGCAUAUAUAGAGCUGUUACAAAGAUUCUUCUUGGCAAUUUCGGGUAUGAAAAACAUCAAGCAAAAAGUAGAAAGUUCCCCUCUCCCCACCUUCCAUCUUAUUCUCUUACCAAAAUAUUUCCGUAGUGUUUAAGGAAGUCUGCAUCUGAAUGAUGUGUUGCACAUGUCGGUUUUGAGUGACCAUCUUGACCGCAUGGCUCUCUCAUCACAGGGCCGAGUGUCCAGUGAAGGCCGCCUUCCCACGAGGUCAGCGUUUUCCUUUGACAGUCGUCUACACCGACUGUAAAAGUUCAGUAUUCACCCCACCUACCCGCUUUUUCUGCCAGUGUUGGACACGGCAGAAUUUGAGCACCAGAGGAAAGUGUUACAGAAACCUGAGGGGUUUGGAGGUGUCGUAUGUUGCUCAGUACGGGCCUUAGGUUCCAUCCUCAGCACUUGGGGAGGGGGAAAUGGAAACAAAACUGCCCAUUUAAAAAGAGAAAGCCAACUAGUGAGCAAAGCCCUCCUGAGCCAGCUCUUCGGUGCUGCCCCUGGCAGAGGGCACUGCAGUGAGUUCUCCGGUUCUUUCCUCUCUCCCCAGAGUGUGUGAGGUGGCAGUAUUGUGGUGAUACCUUUCAAAUGUACAUAAAUACCCAGCCGUCUGUAUUCUUCAUUUUACACGUUGUUUGGGACAUUAUUUACCUGGGAAUGUACGGAUUUAUUUAAUUGUAACCACUAUUCUAUUGGCGAAAUAAAGCACCUUUUUUUGUUUA